CGCGUGCGCUCUGUGAACAGCUGGAAGGUUCCCUCUACUUGUGGCUGAGUCAACAAUUACGCUUCAGCGAAACGCGAACCUGAGAUUUGUCGUCAAGCGGGUCGCUUUGUCCGUCACAAAGAGUGUCGGUAGACGUUGCUUUCGGUCAAAAUCGCGCGGAACGGGCUUGCGCCUUGGUGUGUUUUCGUCGUGGUUCUUUUCUCGCCUCUCCCAUCUCAACGACAGUUGGCGCGUUGUGUCGCGCGGCUUUUCCCGGCUUCUCCCACUUUGUCGAAAGGAAGGAAUGCGAGGCGAGGCAGCGGAAGAGAAAGCCGUGACGAAGCUCUGGGGCGCCGGAGCGAGUCGUCAUUCAGCUCCCACUGCCGCGAAGAAACCCAACCACGAGGGCUGCGCUUUUUUUCGCGCACCAAAAUGAGGAGCACAGAGGAGGAGGGCAGGCGACACUCUCUGCGGGAUUCCACCGUUGUAACGUAUACAGCGGUACGUUGUUGACGAUAUCUUUCCACAGCGGCGAACUCUACCGCUUUCCCAGCUUCUUUUCAGGAAUAUACAGAGAUUCCAUGCCAAGCAGUUUUCCUUGGCUGCACUCAACGACGGGGCUGGGAUGACCCUCGCCGCUCUUCACAGCUUUUUAGUUGUUUUGGCUUCAACAGCCACUGGCGCUUCCCCAGUGAACCUGCUGCUUGCGAUUGUCUUGGCUUCCAGUUCGCUCUUUUUCCCGCAAAGACGAAGUAGCCUUCCACAGCGGCGGAGCCAACCCGGCGCUUGUUAGCCCCGGCGAGGCACAUUUGCCUGAAAAAUUUGUACGCUUUAAUUCGCGAUACACCUCUGUUAGUAUAUGCGCAUACUGAAACCAGACUUUUCCGUUGGCUCAGCCAUCUGCGGGAGUCCGCAGGAGGCUUGAAUCCCUUCUGUCACGACUGAUCCUCAUUCCCGUGUGCCUGGUGCCAGAAGCCGAUAUGAAGGCUUUUACAUGCACGUCUACGUAGAUGUCUUACAGCAUGCUAGAGGGACUCUAUUUACAUGCAUAGCGUCGCCGUGUCUUCCGUUUGUCACCCAUCCAUUAUUCGUUGUUGUGACUGACUCGGCCCUCGCUCUUGUCCCGCCCUCUUGGCCAAAUGCCUUCGCGAACGUGUGCGUCGUCCACACGUCUGGGCGGCUUGAAAAAAGACAUGGAGAAGCCACGUGUGUGGACGAAAGCAUCGAGCGCGGCGGCCACCACGCUCUCGGCUGUAGUGGCAUCCCGGCGCUCGUCGACUGCGGAGCUCGAGGGCACCGUUUCUGCAAUUUUUCGACGCCCUGCCGGCUUGCCUUCUCUGCGGGAUUCUACCCCGAGACGUGUAGAACAUAAAAAACGGGGUUUCCACGAGAGCUCAUGCACAGAGGCGCCCCCUGAGGGCGAGUCAGGAGACACGCGUUCAGGACGAGAUGGAGCAAGAAAGAACAGAGGAGAAACACCUUCGUCGGCGCCGAAUUCUGUCACUCCUGCGCACCUCAAUGAGACAGUGCCCUCUCCGUCCGCGCGACUCUCUCAAGGAUUUCAAAACCCGCAGUUCCACAGAAUGUACCGAUCUGACGGGCACAGAUUGACGCUGUCUGGUGUGAGAGAUGCGCGGCAAGUUGCCGGGUUGUCGGCAUUUCUCAGCCAAGUCACGACAGCGCCUCGCAGGUUUUCGUCGGGGCAUCGAAGCGCUUUGCAUGCUGCCCCUUGUCAACCCAGCAAUUCCUUUCAGGCGACUCGAGGGUCUCGCACAGCAAGCCGGGACGUUUCAGGCGGGACAAACAGAUAUCGGGAGUUUGAGGACGCGAACGGUAGCACUUUGCAUGCAUCUGCUUCGGCUGCACUUCCGCCGUCGUCUCGUGUCGCAGAGGCGAAGAGCUCUUCGUGCGAUGCCGUGGCGUUUGCAGACGCAGAAAGACCCUCAGGAAGCGACGACAAAAGAUCUCAGAGCCAUGCCGACACGGGCGGGGUGCUCAACAAGAGCCGAUCCGCCUCUGCGCUCUCUUCUGAGGGUGUGUCUCUUUGGGAGAAGAAGGGAGAGGAAGGUCAGAAAGAAGAACGACAGGUAUCGGCUGCUCUCGCGAGUGUCUAUCUAGACGAUGCCCCAGCCGAGGUGGUGGUGGCCGCCCUUGAGGAGUUACGCUCCUUCCCGCGGCUUCAGGCACUUCACAUCCAUCUCUGGGGGCUCGACUGGACUCCAGAAAUGAUCAGACUUCUCGGCCAAGUGUUCGCCGCGAGCGCUGCAACGCUGGAGUCUGUCACCCUUCGAUGUCGUGUGUCCGCUCCCGUGCUCACGGAGAUGCUCGAAAGGCUUCCAACGAAUGUGCGCUAUUUGGAUGUCUCCGAAAACAUGUUGGGGGGCGAUACGACGGUGGUUCCGGUGCUGGACACUUUGUUGCGCCGCAACGCCAUCGAAUCUCUUAAAGUAUCGCAAGUUGGAUGGUCGCGCGAGUCGAAGGAACUUUUUGCGAAGGCGGUCGAAAACCUCGGCGUCUUCAACUGUCUCCAGUGGCUGGAAGGCGUCGACCUUUCUGAGUGGCUUGCCAUUCCCCCGCAAGUUUUCAUGCAAGCUGCUGUGCCUGGACCACCUUGCAGCAGCGUGGCAGCGACGACCGCCCCCCUCGCGCAUCUGUAUGGACACCGCUCUGGCGUAUCUGGAGCUCCAGGCGCAAGUCGCGCUGCAACUGUCGCCUUGGCGAAAAGUCUGCCUGCAACAACUGUGAACUACACCCUGCUGCGCUACCUGCGAAUCCGGACGUUCCUGCCGAUGCUCGUCGGCAAGAAGGUUCGAGUUUGGUGGAAGCCCACAAGCGAGACGCAACGCACGGACUUCAGUGGACGCUACUGGCCAGCGCGGGUGGUUCACGGCUGUACAGACACCCUAGUCUGCAAGCUCGUGUACGACAACAAUGAGCAGGACUUCAUAUCUCUUCGAUAUCUGCAGCCUUACCACCCCUUCAAAUACGGUGGAGGCUGGGGAUGUUUGACCGACUCUUUUCCUUCUUCCUCCUCUGUUUCAUCUGCCUCUUCUUCUUCCUCUUUUUCUCAACCUUGCAAGAGUUUCGACAUGCCGGCGGAGCCUUGCACUGUCUCCGUCGCGGAGACAAUCCGGUGCGAGGCUCGCGUAGGGCGCGGGGCCUCACGCGGUCGUCGGAGCGUCGCUGCGGCUUCAAGAGACACUUUUGCCCUUUCGUCGUCUGUCUCCGAAAGGCUAUCAAUUGUCUCUGAAGCCUCACCGGUGGUGUCUCCGCGGCGCGGGCGAAGACAGCGGAGACAGGGUGGUGCGGCGCGAGGGGCGGGGCUCGAAGUCGAGGAGACAGGAGAGGGCGCGGAGACAGGAGAGGACGAGGAAGGAGACACCGUGGACGCAGGGUCUUUCGUGACCAGCGAGAGAGAGAGCGCGGGGAUAUCGGCGCGGGGGCGGAGACGCAGACCCCCUCGGGGAAAAGCGUCUCUGUUUGUCAGCGCGCCCCGGCAAGACGAGGAGACAGGAGACCAGACUCAGAGAAGAAAGAGGCGUCGCAGUGCCGGCAAUGAGGGAACAGAGGCGCGGCAGAGUUUGGAAGAGAACCCAGGGACCGAGUGCUUCCUCCCGCCUUCUGAGAAAAGCGUUUUGCAAUGCGCGUCUUCUUCCGGCCGUCAGGCUUCUCGCCUCCGCCCCCCAGCGCCCACGCGGCGCUCCGUGGAGUCCAAGGCGCCGUUCGGGUGCGGCCGCCGAGUGUCUCCUCGCCUGCAACUCCUCGCCCAGGGGAGACAGAAGAGCCACGGAUCACACGAAAGCAGCAGGGCGCAAGAACGCGAGGAGCCGGUGAAGGGCAGGGGGCCUGUGGGCUGCGGAGACAGGGCGGCCUCGCCUUUGCGUCUCAGGCGAACUUUGCGUGGGCGCGAAGGAACAGGCGCCUCAAAGGAGAGAGACGACACGGAGACAGGUGUGAUGCGUGAAGCCCAGAAGGGGGUGGAGACCGCAAGGUCGGGACUGGGAGAGUUCCAAAGAGAAGAAGGACUAGAGGGUUUGGGCGAGGACAGAGCAGAGUGUGUUUAUCUGGAAUCGACAGACACAGGGCGAGGCAGGCGGCGGCGAUCUCGAGAGAAGAGCAGUCAGGACGGCGAGAAGGAAGGUGGAAGAGACGCGCGACACAGGGCUGGCAGCCGCGAGAGCGACGACCGGUGCGGACGGCGCGAAGCAGCAGAAGCAAACGGGAUUGGAGACGCACUUGAGAGAAGCAUCGGAGUGGCUGCCAGGGCGAAGACGAGGAUGACAAGGGAAGGUCUCGCUGCCCACGUCUGUUCGACUCGUCGCGGGGGUGCAGGCGAAGAGGCUCUGGUGCGAGCGGAGACGGGGGCCUCUCGCGGAGACAAAGACGAGGGCGAGAGACGAGAGCAGGCGGGAGACAGACCCCUAGAGCAGCGGAGGCAAAGAGGAGAUUGUCUGUCUCCUGGAACAGACGAGAUGCGAGACCAACAAACGCGAGACGAAGCACUGCGAGCCCAGGGGACAGGAGAACAGAGACGCAAGAGUGACGGAGACCCUCUAGACGUCGCAUGGGAUGUUUGCUGCGGACCGGCGCCUGUCAGUCGGCAGGAGGUUGCGGCUGCUGCGUCGUUGUACCCUGACCUUUUCGAACAGAGUCUGUACACGUUUUUGCUGUCUCCUGAGAGAGAUGGCGAAGCGGAAGAAACUUCAGAAAGAAAGCGAGCUGUUGGACGCGAAGUCGGAGAAGAGAGGAAGGCGAGAGGAGCGCCGGGGGAGUCUUUUGCCCCUGCGGCCUCUGACAGUCCAGCCGGGGACGCAAACUCCAAGGAGUGUUCGCGGCCGGGAAGCCGAGCUCUCGGGACCCGCCGGAAGACUCAGGAGAUGCGAAAAGCAAAAGAAGACACGGAGAAGGCAGAGCGAGAAAAGGAAGGAGAAGCUCAAGAAAAAGGAGGAGAGAAGGGAGAGACCGAAGUUGUUUUCGAGACUCUCGAGGAUGCGAGCGUGAACUGCGAAGAAGGUCGAGUUCGAGUGGGAAGGAUGCCAUUGGCAGUCAUCGGAAAUGUUCUUCUUCCUGGCGAGUUGUGUGAAUUUCGAGACGAAGAAGAACAUCGUGGCAGCGACCCUUCUGAUUUCGUCGGCAUGGUCGUCGCCGUCAACUCUGAGGAGCCUCUGUACGUCGUGCGCUGCGUGUACCACGACGAUGACACUCUCCUGCAGAUCCAAAGUUCAGACAUUCGUCGCGCCGUCGUCGUGCCACUCGACGCGUGGAUCGCAUGGCGCUUCGCGCUCGAGAGGUUCCGUCUGAGAAGUGAAGAGUCUUCCUCGACAGACGCUGCCCAGCGAGGAGCUUCGCGCGCGGUGCCGAAUAGGCGAGAAGAGCCUCCUCCUCCGGCGUCUGCAGCGCCACAAGGACGAACGAAGAGGGUAGGAGCCACAAGCCGCGAGCUGUUGCAAGGCCAGGCCUGCGUCCCAGAACGACGCGCAGAGAUCCGAAGUCUCUUGAACCUGGGCUCCGGACAGAGGGAGACGAAUCUCCCAGCCGCGACUGCCUUCCCUUCGUUCCGCGAAGUGCCGCCGUUUGCAGCAUUUUACAUGCUUCCGAUCGCGACGUCGGCUAGGCUGCAGCAGAUGGCAGCGGCAGGCCGUCCGUCGCAGCCCCAGCGAAGCCCCGUCGAUCUGAAACUUCUUCCUGCACAAGACUUCGCGGAGGACUUUGCAGUGCGACAGGUCACUUUUGUAAGAGAGCGACAGGAGGCAAUGAAAACGGAGCGAGAGGCAGGAGGCAUUUCGGCGGAGGAGACAGAGAGUGGAACGAAAGGCACAGCGCCGCUUAACCAAGCGCUGCAGUGCGGGGGAGCACCCCAUACAAACGUAGCUGCUGCUGUGCACCCAGAGUGGGGGCAGGCGCAAGCGGAGAAACUCGGAAGAGCGCUGACGGCGGUGAAAGAGGAGGAGAGUGCGAAAGCAGCAAAGACGAGGAAGGCCGAGAGCGAGGAGAAGGCUGCUGCUGAAGCAGAAACGGCUGCCUACGCGAGUGCCGAGUUCGCGGUGGUGGCUCGACAGCGCGCCCCACACAAAGGCUUUGGACCUCGUCCCUGUCCUCUGGUGGGGCUGCGAAACAAAGCUAUGAGGCCGCUCUUCACGUUCCUCGCUCUCUCUGCUUCUCUCGGAAGCGAGUUCGUCAAACAACAAUUACACCCGAGGAUUCAACAGAGCGACCGACGAGCAUGGCUAGCUCUCCUCCCCAAAGCAGAUCUUUUGCAGAAAGUCAUAGACCUCAGUCGGGAACUCGCGACUCUGAAAGUCCAGGUGCAGCGGGAAGCGGCGAUUUUGGAAGAGUGUCAGCGUCUUCGCGUGAGCCUUGAGAAGCAGAAGGAGAGAGAAGGCGAACUCGAGAGUUUACUAAAAUGCAUCAUCUGCGUCUCUCGAACUCGCAGCGUCGCGCUGGCGCCCUGUCUCCACUUUUACUUUUGCCACUCCUGCAGUCAAGGCUUGACUCAGUGCCCAAUCUGCAGAGGAAAAAUCGUCUCCCGCAUACAAGUGAAACGCGAGCAGGGGGCGGACGAAGAGAGCGACGCAGAAAGCGUGUAAAGGCGCAAUCAGAGUCGCAGGAGCAACGGCGAAGGUGUGCGCGGUAGUAACGGGAUGAAUUUUGUCGUAGAAAUGGAGUGCGUUUUCGGUGGUAGUACGGAACAUGUUUAGGACUCCAUGUGGUGGGAGAGUUAGGCAAAAUGGUGUAGGAAGAAUGGGGUGUAUGUACACCUGGAUGUUUCCGGGUCUGUCGGCGCGUUGCCAGAUCUGUGUGUUUCAGGCUCGGCUUUUCAGUUCUGGGGUGGUCGCGGAACGGUAGUUUUCCUGGCGAAUGCGGUCGAUUUUUGUUGUCACGUAAAUCAACUGUGCGUGAGAAACCAGAGAGACGAACACGCAGGCUGGGUUCGACGCUCGUUUCUUGUUGUUUCGACUUCUCGGGCAGUUGACGCCUGAGGGGUUCUCACGAGUCGACCGCAGACGUGGCGUACGUUUGUCAAACGAGCGAGUUAGACCGGAAAACAAAAGUGAAUUUCAAGAGACGCGGG